AUGCACCUCCUCCCGUCGUCUCGCCUGACGCUCCUCGCCAUCUCCGCGCCCCUGCUCCUCAGCCGCUCCGCCAUCGCCGCCUCGCCCCAGGCUGCAUUCAGGAUGUCGUCGUCGUCGCCGUCGUCGGCCGCCACCACGCUCAACCUGCCCGCGCAGGAUCCCCAGUUCGAGGCGCAGCUCGGCGGCGCCGGUGCCAACCUCGAUCAGAGGACCGAGAGGCUCGUCGCCGAUUCAGUCUCGCUCUUCAGCGCCAAGCCCUCGCCCGAGAUCUUUGCCCGCAGCUGGAACAAGGACGCCAUCUUCGCCGACCCCAUCGCCUACGCCGAGGGCGCGCGCCAGUACAUGGCGCAGUGGUACGGCAUGCCCGCCGCCUUCUCGGCUUCGGAGCUCCUCAAGUGGAGGCUGGUCAAGAGCGACGCCGACGAGGUGCAGUACGUGCAGAGGCAACGGUACAAGAUCAAGCUGAUUGGCGUCGAAAAGGAAAUCACCUCGACGGUGGCGCUCCAGCUCGACCACGAGGGCAAGAUCAAGCGCUUCGAGGACCGCUGGGACCACAAGCCCCUCCCCUCGGGCUCGAUUGCCAUGGGGCUGCGCAAGCUCAACGCCGUCACGGUGCCGCUCGUCGUCGGCGUGCCCAAGGAGAGCAAGCAGGUCUUUGAGCCCAAAAAGGAGCUCUAA